GAGAACACGAAGGUAAACUCACGCCUCUGAACAAUUCCUGUAGCAAGCACAGAAAGGGCGUGGAUGAGCGAAUAGCUUCGGUUUUCAUCUUCUUCAGAAUCUGGUGAAGGUGGGGUAUCGAAGCUGUGUUUUUGCUUUACGCUGUGGAAUUAUUAAUUGUUCCUCACGCCCUUUCAGCUUCUCGCCCUGACCGACUUGCCGUCCUCAGUCCACCAUGAAGCUUUCCUUCGUCGUCGCCUUCCUCGUGUGCGCGCAGCUGGCCCGGGCGCAGGAUGAGCCAAAUGAGAGAGCACCGUACAGUGUCCUCAGAACCGGCGAUGGGUACGAAGUGCGCGCAUACCCGGCGGCCAAGUGGGUCUGCCACAGCCAGGUCCAGCAGGCGGCCAGCAGGCGCAAGGACACGCGCGCCUUCUUCGCCCUCUUCCGCUAUAUUGACGGCGGCAACGAAGCAGGAUCUUCGACGGCUUCGCAAACAAAGAUCGGGUUUGGGAGGAGGCUUCAGAGGCCCUCAAGGUCGACCUCGAGGCAGCGCAGGAGGACGAGGUCGACUUCUCCUUCUUCUACAGGGCUGGCUAUGACUCUCCGAUGAAAUUCAAGAACAGGCGGAAUGAGGUUUGGUUUUUGAAUAAGAAAAAAUUAAGUCUUCAUCUCUGUUGUUAACUUUAUGUUAAUGAUCUUACGGAAAACAUUUAUGAUAAAUAUUUAUAAAUUCACAUGAA